UUUUCCUUCUUCUUCCCCGAAAUACACACACACACACACGCAGCUUUUCUUUCUUCUCUCCCGACCGUCCCUCUCUCUCCCGUGUUUUUGAAUUCCGGCCACCCAUAGCCCUCACGCGCCAGCCACCAAGGAAGCCCACCACCUCGCGAGCUUGGCCGCCAAGUUUCACGGCCAGCCGCCGCCGGACGCGCGCCGAUCGGGCCGGAGAAGCCGCCGGCCGGCCAAGUUUCUCUCUCCUCUUUUCUUGUGUUUUCCGGCCAGCCCACUCCCAAUUGAGCCUCCUAUCCCCCUAUUUUGGGUCCUCUGAAUCCAAAAAUGGCCUCCAAUCUCAAAAAUUCGAAGCGGUUUGCGAGAUAUGGAGAAGUGAACACCGGCCGAACCUUUCCGGCCAAAUUCCGGCCACCUCCGGCGGAAUUGGGGUCGACGGAGACCGGAUUGGUGAUCCUCGUUCCACGAGCUUCGAUUCGGAGUACCGGUGAGUCGUAGAAUUGAUCCCGUAGUGGAUCAUGGGUUAAUUGCGUGCUCAAGCGUGCAGGUGGGUGUGAGUAGCGCGCAGGUGAUAUUAUGAGGGUGUCCUGUGGAUGCCAUCGGAGAGGGCGGCCACCCCCCUUUGGCCGGGACACCAGGUUAGCAGCGGCGCAGUGGGACGCCACGCGACCGUAUACCGGUUUCUUUCUAUAACCUCCUGUCUGGCGGUACCUUGGGACGCUGGGUACUGUUGGCGCCACUGGUAUAUAGUGGGUGCAUCAACUGAUUUUUGGAACUGUGUUUUAAAAAAAUAAAAUAAAAUAAAAUGUUUUAAAGCUGUAUUGGAAUUAAAAUUUAUUUAUUACUGUUCGGAUACUCAUUUGAUGUCUUGGUUUUUUGGGGAAUAUGAAUAAGGGUUUUGUGACAAUGUUUUAAAAAGGGGAACCUUUCCAACUGAGAGAAUUGUAAGGGUUUUGAGAGAAAUUAUUAUUUUCCAAAUAAUUAUUAUUGAUAUACCUAUUACCGUGGUAUUAUAUUGUAUAGUAGUAGGGUCGCUCACUGAGAUGAUUAGCAUCUCACACUCUUAAAUUCCGUUCCUCUAGGUACCAGGUUGUCGGCGUUCACUCGGAGCAGACUUGAUCUUCCUCGCUGUUUUAGUUCGUACUGUACCCUGUUUUUCUUUUAUUGCAGUUGUAAUAUUUCUUUCAUUCUUGUUGUAUUUAUUAUGCACUGGAUUACUGUAUUUAUUUUGAAGUGCUGCAAUUUGUGGAAUCCAUUUGUAGUAUUAUGGGAGGAAUAAGGGGAUAUUUUUAGAAGUGUGUUUUCAGUGCAGGUAGUUUGUGGUAAGUAAAUCCCUUAGGGGAGGCUCUGCCGGAUUUUCCGUUGGAGAGUUCGGUAGGGUUUCCCUGGGAUCAGGGUUGUCUAGGGUUCCGGGGAAGGAAUUCUGGACGGGUCCUGACAGUAAGAUUCCAAAUUGUUGUCAGGGACAGUAUGAAAGAGAUGAAGUAAACUUAGAAGAAUGUAUAAUGGAUAAAUAAACAGAUUGGCAACGAGUGAUGCUGCAGUUUGUGUUUUCCUCAAGCAUCCAUGUUUACAUGAUGAUUCAUGUUCAAAUCACUUCCCUUGGGCUGCAAAAUUAGGGACUCGAAUUAGGACAUCUUCUUUGAUAACCUGCUUCUCUAUAAACCAACCAAGGCAAAAUCUCAGCCGUAACCUCUUCUGGCAUUUUCAAGAGGCGCCUUGUUUGCCUGUUCAUCAUCACCCCGGUGCUGUUCCAUAAUUUUGGUAUAAGCAUAGUUGAUGGAACAUAGAAAAUCAUGAUCAGUAAAAGGGAAUACAGUUUCAAGAAAUAGCUGGUUCCACGUGCGAAAAUAUGGCCAGUGGCUUGACCUUGGAUUAGCUAGUCUCGCCCUGAUCCCGUUCUACCUAGAUGCUCCAACCAUGUAUCAAUCUCUAACUACCUUUCCCCUGCAGAAUUCUCACAUGCACUCUACUGGUUCAAGUACAUACAUACCAGGAAGAAACCUACUUUAGAACUUGUUACAAAUAGACCUUGAUUCUUAACUAGCCAUAGACCUUAUAAGUUACCAAGCUUUAUGUUUACUUCCUGCUUUUGGUGAGAAAAUCUUCUAUGGAACAGUGGUACCAGCUAAUCUGGGUACCAUCUCAACUAAUUUAAUGACAAAUUUUUAAAGUUUACCAUUUCAUUUUUCCGUUUUAUAUGUAUUGCAAUAAAUAUUUAUAUUUAAUUUUAAUUUACUGAAAUAUCCUUGAUUUUCCAUCUUUUUUUUGCCUUUUCAAUAUAUAUAUAUAUAUAUAUAGAUAUAUACUAAAAGAAAGACGUCAGGGCCACCGUUGGAAAUCUGUUGUCCUGAAGGUUUUUCGUGGAUGUCACAGCAGUGUCGGCAUUCUUCUACCAAUUGUGGUUGCUGGCGAUGGCUGAAAGAAUAACAUCUCACAGCUUAAUUUUAUUUAUUAUCAUGCAUAUCUUUAUUUUGAAAAAAAAUGAAAUUCAAUUUUAAAUAGUGAGCUGUUAUUUUUAAUUGACAUGACAAAUUUAAUAUAUAUCAUUAAAUUACUUUAAACUUUUAACACUUGGCAUUAGAUAAUUUUGGAUGGUACAAGUACGAGGUCAGCUGAUACAACGUUUCAUACAAGAUUUUUUAGCUGCCAGUAACACCACAUUUAAUGUGGAAGUUAAUGAACCUGUAAAGGAAAGUCGGCAUGUGGGGACUUGUAUCUUCAUUAUUGGUUAUAGGAAGGAAGGUGUUUGGAACUUGGAGACCCCUUAAUGGAGAAGAAAACAGUAGACUUUGAGCAGAGUGACAGUGACAGUCAACGAGACUCAGCUUUUUCUGUGCCUUUUAUUUUCUUGGCAAUGUUACAUUUUUAUUUUUAUUUUUUUUCUUUUUCUUUCAUUUGCAUAGUUCCACUCACUUUCCUUCUUCUUCCCUUUACUCACUGCCCUCUCUCUUCUCUUCCAUUAUAUCUGUACCAAAAAGAAAUACAAGAUUGAUUGCUAAGGGAUAUAGUCAACGGAAUCUCUUAUUCCUAGUAUUGUAUCUCUACUCAGUUAAGUAACUAUAUCAUCAGCUUCAGCUUCAAUGGAAGCACAAUCUAAUUCCCAAAGCUCAGCACCAUACAUGAAGAAGAAUCUUCUGCAAGCACACCCUUGCUAUGCUGGUUUUUAUCAUUAUCGUGGGCCUGAGAAUCAAUUUGACUGGACAGAUGAUCAUCUGCUGAAUCUAAAAGGGAUCGUCUUGAGAAGGUAUACUACUCCAUCCCAAUUGGCCCCUGUUGUCAAAGAAGGCUUGUUUUCGUUGCAGGGAACAGUUUCUCAUAGAACCAUUGGAGCUUUAAUGGUUUCGGCAUGGAACCUGUACUAUUUUCCCGAGAGAAAAUACGUUUUCCCAGAAAUUCCCACAAACACAACCCCAGAUGAUAUAGACUACACUGCAUUAAGAGGGAAUAACAAUCUUGGAGGAGUAGAUGAGAAGAUUUAUUGGCCUGUGGAUGAUUCUGUAACCUGUGCUAUUGGAGCUUAUGUUGCUGCUUGUUUGCUUCGACUUGAAACGAAAUCCGCCAGCAACUUUGUCAAUGCAUGGAAGCACAUCAAGAGUCGGUAUUCUGAAAUCAAUAACCGCCCGUUUUUGAUUAGGGGCCUAAAUCCCAUUGAAGAAAAUCUUGAUUCCAUUCGAAAUGCAUUGCAGGAAUGGCCAGUGUUCACGAAUACAUUAGCUAGAUUUCUGUAUCAUUUCAAUGAGCUAAGAGGACAUGUCAAAGGGUAUGCUAAAUUUGCAUUCGAGCAGCAUCUUUCACUUACUGGACUGCAUAGUUACCAUCUGUUUAGAAGAGUUGCUACAAAGCUUAAUGCAACACCAGAUGAUCUUUCACUAGCUUUGGAUCAUCGAAUGACACGACGUGGGCUGGUGGUUGUGAAGAAAAUUUUAUUGAAUUUUGAUCGUUCAACUGAUGAUAAGCAGAGAAGGCAGACAUGGAAGUAUGCUCGUUUGUUUGAUGAAGAAAUGUUUGUUGACCUCCAGUCUAGAAACUGCAGCGAACUCACUUUCAUUUUAGCUACGAUCCUGAAAGAGAUGGAUGAGGACCAAGGUGUUGGUGAUAUCGCUCCAUAUUACAUAUUCAACAUAGGCGUGAAUUCUUAAGAGAUUUCCUUAAUGAGGUCGCUUCUGACAUAAUCCAGCAAUUUGCUUCAAAUAGACGAAAACCGGUGAAGUUGGGUUACUUUUCGAGGGCAGAACGCAAGCUUGGCUAAUGGCUUUGAAAUUCUAUUAUUAUUUCUGUUUUCCAGUCUUAAUUAAUAUGUCUCUGUAUAUAUUUUGUUAAACAAGCAUGGUUUAUAUCACCAGUUCUUAGUUUUCUUGCUUAGAUACGUUCAGAUUGAGAGCUUGUUUAGUUUCCUCUAUAUGUCGUGUUAGCAUAUAGGUAUUGAGCUAAAAGUGUUGCUUACUUUGACUUAGCCUGGAUUGUUCAGUCUAUGAAUUGAUGAACUAUGAACGAGUUGUCUGUCUGAUUAAAUAGAUGUUCUUCAUGUACAACAUAAUUACAACAACUGCUUUUACCAGUAA